AUGCAGAGGAAGAAUCAACCAAAGGGUUGUGGCACCUUCUGCUGCGGUUGUCGUCUUAGUAUUUCGUCGUCGGAAGAGGCUGAAGGUUCUAAUUCCGAUAGAUACGCGCCGCCGAUGUCAAGUCUAGCACAUGCCAUGGUUCAGGAGAGACUAGAUCAGAUGAUAAGAGAAAGAGAAGAGGCAAGAAAUGAAAGAAGAAGAAACAAGGGAAGGAGAAUUAAUGAGGGUACCAAGUGCAUUAUAAUGGUAGCCAUGGACAAGUACUCUUAUGAUCCUAGAGAAGAUUUCAAGGAGUCCAUGGUAGAGAUGAUUAUAGCAAAUCGGCUAGAAGAGCCAAAAGAACUCCGUUGCCUCUUGAACUGUUUUGUGUCCAUGAAUGCAGAGGAGUAUAGACAAAUCAUACUUGAAGUCUUCCAUGAGGUUUUAGAAUGUACAGAUCUAGUUCUUGUUCAGUGA